AAAGUCGACUUUCAGAAAUCUGCAUUGGCCCAGCAACGUGACCUUAAAUACAAACCUACCCAGCGUGGGUCUUUUUCUGGGGCCACUGCAAAAGCAUCUGCUUGUGUAGUGGGUGAACAAGACCCCAGACAUAAAAGGUUUUCUAUGGCUUUCCCUGACGUAUCCACCAAACCAAAAAGUGAGUUAAGCAGGGCAGACAGGCACGGAGGAAGCCUAAAGUGUCUAGGUAUAAUGCCCGUUAAAAACGAAAGCUUUCUAAAUGCGCGUGUGGAGAAAAUCCCUGUAGCACAGGCCAAGUCUGUGGACAAGCAAGUAGAGAGUAUACCUGCGGAACGACAGAAUGCGUCAUGCGAACGGUAUAAAAAACAACUGGUAACGCAAAAACGCAAGGCAUGCGUGGAAGAGUCCGUAUUGAUCCAGCCAGCAGAAAUCCGUCGAGAAAUUGCAGGAGCUCGAGAGGAAAUAGUUGAACCAAACAAAGUUUGCAAGGUUAUUGCAGGAGAAAGGCUAACUACUAAACCAUCAGAAAAAUUAUAUCUUUCAGAAAGCUUUAAAAGUGAACAAGUAUCCGAAAUAAAUAAAACUUCACAGCCGGCAACGGACCCGUCAAACGAGCCUGAGGCUUCAAUUUUUUACAAGACACCACGAUCAAUUUCAAAAGAGCCAUGUGCACCUGAAGUUGAAUAUCAAUCUAAUUCAGCUGAACCAUUUUCUCCAGUUCUUACUGUCUACAAGCAGCCUUUAGAUCGGUGGAGGUCCACAAAUAACAUCACCAGAGAUGACAUUCCUAAACUGGGAUUGCCCACUUACAGAAUUGCUCCUUACAAGCCAGUCAUCAGACCAAAACCUAAAACAGCCGAUGUCCCAUUCCGUCUACCACCUUAUGAAACAGAACCCAGCGAGACUGAAAAUGUCACUGCGACCGAUACUACGACAGAGUUCAAAGAAAAGACAAAAUAUGACUCAACAGCGAAGAUCGGUGACAUUACAGCCAAUCCGCAACAGCAUACAGCACAUCGGUUGCAAGUGAUUUCUCCACCAUCGAUUCCUCCUUUAUCAGGGCUCUCAGUCGUGGCGCGUCCAUUCCAGAGGUCCCAUUCCCUCCGGCGUACUACCACAGAGACAACAUCUCGGCAGCAGUCUGCUGUCAAAGUCACCGUGCCACUCGCCAGCAUUGCCGAAUCUCCACCGUCUCGCUCGAAGCAAGAUGCAUUUUCCCGUCCCUUCAGGAGACCAUCCAGCCCCUACGUGGCAUCUUCCGUUGCCGAGAAGACAGCCUGCAAGUCCGUCGAUGCUCCAAGUGAAACUUGCAGUGGCACAACCACAACAGAGACAACGCCUGUGGAUGCUUUGCCACCAAUUCAGGUGAAUUGUGAACCGGAUGAGCUCAUAAUUCCACCAUCAUCACAGUUUUCUACGGAUGAAAAUGCCAACAUUCCAAAUUCCCCAGGUGACCCAGGGAAGGUGUUUAUGAUUCAGGCACCACGAGUUUAUCAAUGGAAGCCAAAAGUAUUUAGGCCAGUCCGUUUCCCAAGUGUCAGAUUCAAAGAUGACAAGCCAUCCGGCGUGAGUGUACAGUCUGGUCAUUUAGAGUCUAAGAACACCGUCCUUGCUGACAAGUCACCACCUACGGUGAGUUCUCAACCAAGUAGCUUCAAAUCUAGAAGUGGCGGACACACUUUUAAUGUAAAAUCAGCGUCUAACUCGUCGCAAAUCCAGUCUGUUCUCAGUUCUUCAAACGCCACAGAUGCAAGUCCUUUCUAUCGGCCUCCCACAGCUUUAAAUAGCACGGGAACUGCACUGGAAAGUCCCAGUGUUACUUAUGAGCAGAGAAAACCAUCAGGUGAAGAUACUGGUCUGUUUAGACCGAUGCUGAAGUUAAAACCUGUGGUGCAAAACCCAAUUCUGAAGGGUGACAAUCCACACCGUUCCCUGAUGGAAGCACUUCAGUCUACAGACAACACGGGCAGGUUGAGUAAGGUUUCGGGUGAAGAUCUGCAGAAGAUAUCGGCAGCUGUUGAGCGCGAGACAGAAAGAGACGCUCUCAUGGCGGAUAUUCGAUCAGGCGCAGGAGGGGAACGACUGAGAAAAGUACCAAAGUCUGUGAAGACCAUCCGAGUUGAUGGAAAGUCAGGGACCAUCACGAGUUUAUCGUCUUAGGAUGGCGGUGACGCAUCCGACCCUCCCGUUGAGCGCCUUUGCUGGUAGACAUUAGGGGCCGUUUGCCUUUCGACUGCGGCACAAAGACGACACGAACGCCGACUGGAGACCGUAUUGUUCGUGAGCACGUGUGCCGAUGGUUGGUGCUUGACACGUGUACCGUUUGAAUGCGUGCAAGAUAAUGUGUACACUUUUAUUUUGUAUUGACACAUUUUUAUUGCGUGUUAUACAUUUGUAAAAACAGUUUUUUUUCUCCCUGGCAGCAGCUUGUGUUUUUUGCUGGGGGGGGGGAACUCUGAAAAUGCCUCUUGAUGC